UGUUCAAGAAAAACAAAAUACAUAACUCUUCUCUCUCCCUCUGCUAGCUGCAUUUGCUAUGGACUCCGAGAAAAGUGGAGAAGAAGCAACCAUCACUAUUCAAGACACAAAAACAGAUCCUAAGUCAAAAGGAAAGGCUAUUGCUGGUGCUACUGGUUUAGUCACUAGUAAAGCUACGUACAUGCAGCAAAAAGGGGGAUGGAAAAAGGGUGCUGCCAUUUUCGAUUUCGUUCUAAGGUUGUGUGCUAUUACUGCUGGUUUAGCUGCCACUUCCAUCAUGGGUACUACUGAGCAGAGUCUUCCCUUCUUCACUCAAUUCUUCCAGUUCCAUGCUGAGUAUGAUGACAUUGAAACUUUCAGGUUUUUUACGUUUGCAAAUGGAAUAGCUAGUGGAUAUCUUGUGCUAUCUUUGCCGUUCUCCAUAGUGUGCAUUGUCCGGCCUUACGCGACAGGACCAAGGCUUUUCCUUAUCAUCUUCGAUUCAGUGGCAAUGGCUCUGAUAGUAGCAGCUGCUUCUGCUGCUACUGCAAUUGCAUAUUUAGCUCAUAAUGGGAAUUCUGAUGCAAAUUGGAACGCAAUUUGUAACCAGUUUACUGAUUUUUGCCAGUCUUCGAGCAGUGCUAUUGUGGCUUCCUUUAUAGCUGCAGUAAUGUUACUGUUUCUUAUUAUUCUGUCUGCUGUUGCUCUUAGAAGGAACUGAUCGAUCCAUGUUGUUAAUAAUUGUUUCGUUUCCCGUAUUUGGUCUGUUGGG